UCGAAAGUUACGUUCAAAAUAACGCUGACGUCUGAUCCCAAGCUCCCAUAUAAAGUUCUAAGUGUUCCUGAACAGACUCCAUUUACAGCUGUGUUAAAAUUUGCUGCAGAAGAGUUUAAAGUUCCAGCAGCUACUAGUGCUAUUAUUACUAAUGAUGGAAUAGGAAUUAAUCCAGCUCAAAACGCAGGAAAUGUAUUUUUAAAACAUGGUUCAGAAUUAAGAUUAAUACCUAGAGAUAGGGUAGGAUGUUGCUGA